ACAUCUCACAUCCCACCCUUCACAAUAAUCUUUGGCACAAACACACACACACCCAUCUCCUCCAUCCUUGUUCUCCACAAUUCUAGCUACCUAGCACAAAAAUUGUAGUCAUGUUGGGGAAGAGGCCCCAGCCACUGAUCGGAAAAAUCUCCGAAUUAUUGGUCUCCGGCGGUCGUGCCGCCGUGCUUUUCGAUGCCCUCGGAAGCCCUAGAAGCCCGUUUGACAUGAUGAACUUAAAGAUGCAAUCACCAAAGGGCCUAAAAAGCUAUGACCUUGGUGGUGUUGGUCUAGGAAUUGUGGUGGCCCUUGAUAAAUCAUCAUCCGAGGAACAAGGCCAUGUUUGCACAUCAAAUUCAAACCGAUCCGUACCAAUCCCAGUUACUAACCAACGUGGGUUUCAAAAGGGUGUGAAUGAAAUUCCCGCUGGAAGCUCCGAGGAUUACACGUUUGUGACAUACCAUGUACCUAACAACAAGACCAUCACUAAGGUUUAUUAUGAUGGCGGUGAAGGUGGAAUUCUAACACAUGGCUACUAUAAUAUUAAUAAUAAUAACAACAACAACGUUGGUGUUGGUGGUGUUAGAAGAAUCCCACCAACGCAAACUUUAAUUGAAGAAGAUGAACAGUCAUAUCCCACCUCGGAUUUUCUAAGCUCGUGUCACUUGUGCCGAAAGAAUCUCGAUGGCAAAGACAUAUACAUGUACAGAGGAGAGAAAGCAUUUUGUAGCAACGAGUGCCGUUCAAGGCAAAUAUCGAUGGACGAUGAACGCAAAGAACGGUGUAGAUCAGAAGCUUCAAGGUCUGUGGAGUUGUCAAGUUCACCAUACACAGCAAGGGAUCAAAUGUUUUCAACUGGGAUUGUUGCCCUUUAGCGUUUAAUUUCUGUCACUGUAGUAGAGACUCAUAUAUACUUUGAAGUUUGAAUUCACAUCAUAUAAGGCUAUACUUUGUGAAUGAAAUUAAGACACCUUAGUGGUGUAACCAUAUGAAAAUUUUGGAUCGGAAAAAGUGGUAGAGAUUUUGAUGUAGUUGAAUACUAAUAAGAGCUUUCUUCUUCUUUGUUUUAUCUUAGAAGAAUUAUAAAUUUGCGGUUUCAAUUGCACAGAUUUAA